UCUAUUCACAGAGAAAAUCUUACAUGUCAAGAACAAUGUUGUGUAUCAAAUCAUUGCCUUUUCUUCUUUUACCAACUUUUCUCCUCAUUUCUUCAACCUUCCUUUCUUCCUCUCACGGAGCUUCUGAAAUUCACCUCCAACCAAACCUCCACCUUCGAGGGAUUAUCGAGGACGGCGAAUUCGAUGUACUUUCAUGGGAAACUAGGAGGUCUAUUCUUGAUAGGAACAGUUCUGAAUUUUCUGAUAACAAGUCUAUGAUAUUGGCUGCUAAGAUAACACAUAGAAGAGAUCCUCUUGACAAUUUUAAGUACUAUAAAGGUGGAUGGAAUAUCAGUGAAGAGCAUUAUUUCUAUUCUGUUGCUUAUACUGCUGCUCCUUUGUUUCUCAUUGCUGUGAUCUGGUUUAUUGGCUAUGCUGUGGCCUUAUUGACCAUCUGUAUUCGUCACUGCUGCUGCCAAUUAAAGCAUCAUGGUUAUUCUCAAACCACCUAUGUGCUUUGUCUUGCCUUUCUCAUAUUCUUCACCGUUGCUGAAAUUAUUGGAUGUAUUGUUCUUUACACUGGACAGGAAAAGUUUCACAGUAGUUCAACAAGCACACUUAAAUUUGUUGUGCAUCAGGCAGAUAAUACUGUUGACAAUCUCACUGUUGUAUCCGAGAAUCUAUCUGCGGCACAAGGAGCUGGAGUAGAUCAAUUUUCUCUACCCUCUAGUGUCCAAAAUAGUAUCAGCAAAGUUAAUAACAUGAUAAAUUCUUCUGCUUCUACUCUUCGAGAUGCGACUGAUGAUAAUUCAAAUAAAAUACAGAAAGCUCUUGAUUCUGUACGGGUGAUUCUGAUCAUACUUGCUGCUGUAAUGCUCCUUUUGGCUUUUCUUGGUUUCUUGCUUUCAAUUUUUGGAUUGCAAACUUGGGUUUACCCACUGGCUGUCAUAGGGUGGAUCCUUGCAACAACUGCAUUGAUUUUAUGCUGCUUAUUUCUCAUUCUCCAUAAUGUAGUUGGAGAUACCUGUGUUGCCAUGGAUGAAUGGGUUCAAAACCCGACGGCGCAUACAGCUUUAGAUGAUAUUCUCCCCUGUGUGGACAAAGCAACUGCCCAACAAAUCCUAUCAGAAAGCAAACAAGUUACCUUCCAGCUUGUUACCGUUGUUAACUCCUUCAUUACCACUGUCUCCAACAUCAACCCGCCAAAGAACCUGCCGCCCAACUUGCCACCAGAGGCUAAACUUUUGUAUUAUAAUCAAUCAGGUCCACCGGUUCCUGUCCUCUGCAAUCCAUUCAAUUCUGAUAUGAUAGACAGGAAAUGUGCUGCCGGUGAAGUAGACUCGAGCAAUGCAUCACAGGUGUGGAGCAAGUACAUCUGCCAAGUCUCAGAAAAUGGUAAUUGCACCACUACAGGCCGCCUGACACCAAAAUUCUACAACCAAAUGACGUAUGCUGUGAACGUGAGCUAUGCCCUUUAUCACUACGGUCCCUUUCUUGUUGGACUAGUAGAUUGCACAUUUGUUCGUGAAACAUUUAGUAGUAUCAGCGAACAUCAUUGUCCAGGCCUGAAUCGCUACAGUGGAUGGGUCUUUAUCGGGUUUGUAAUGGUUUCAGUAGCAGUUAUGGUUUCUUUAAUCUUCUGGGUAUUCUAUGCAAGAGAGAGGCGUCAAAGGUUGGGUACCAAGCAGUUCAUAAAUCUAUCUACCCAGGAAUCUAUAAAAUAACAGAGUAGUGAGCUUGAGCAGUGAGUUUAUAAAGAUAUUAUUUAAACUUGAACAGUGAGUUUGAUACCAAUAUGUGUAUAGAUUAUAAUUAGAAUUCUUGAGACCCUGUAGAGAUGCUUGAAAUUUAUUAGGUGGUUUAUGCAAUAACUCUUUUUUUUUUUUUUUCCAGCAUCUAAUAUAUUUUUAUCUUACAAAAAAAGAGUCUACAAAAAAUAAGCUUUCAAAAAAAUAAAAUUAAAAAAAUAUGGUCAUAUCAUUAUCUACUUAAAACAAAAGAUUUGAAAAGAUUUAAGCUACUCAUACAAAUCCAAAUAUGUGUUUUUUUCUCCUUCACUCCAUAAUUUUUUAAAAAAUAAAAACAAAAGCUGUAACAUUUUUCCUUCAACAAGAAAAGUUUCAUCUUCAAUGUCUAAUACCAAAAUUUUAUUCCUUCCUUCACUAUAUUAACUUCAAAAAAUCAAAAAAAUACCUGCAACAGUUUUCCUUCAACGUCGAAAACAUUCAUCUUUAUCCUGCAACAAUACAAUCAGUGUAAAAAAGAUUAGAA